CAUCUCCCCAACCACGCGAAACCAGGCUACCCCCACUGUGCUGAGGGCUCUUCAGCUCCAGUUCUCCCUUUCCCGGGGCCAGACUCCUGGGCAGAGGGGCUGCUGGGCCUUGGGAGACCCCUCAACGCCCCACCCGUGCCUCUGGCCCUCCCAAGCUCCUGCCACCCCCCCCUUCCCUCCCUGUGCUGACUCUCAGCCAGAAGAGGAAAGGCUGUCUCCACCCACCUCUCCCAUCUUUAUAUAAAAGCCAGAACAGCUGAAGGGUGGCAACUUCUCCUCCUGCCGCCGCCGCCGGGAGCAGCCCGCCUGCCUCCCUGCAGCCCGCAGCCUGCCGCCCGCAGUCCGCCGCCCGCCGCCCCCCACGGGCUCCCCGAGGGCGCUCCUUCGGCCGCCAGCGCCCAUCUUUCAGCCCCGAGGUGGAGAUAUUUUGCGCGCGCACACACACACACACACACACACACAGACACGCAAGACGGGGGAAUCGAAGCCCACGCUCCAGCCUCACUGCAAAGAGGAAGCCGGAGCCGCCGCAGCCUGCAGCCGCGGGAGGACGCCCAGAGCGGCCAGCGGACUGACCGGCAGACUCGCCCGUGUCCACCUGUCUGCUGCUGGGUCCGGCCCGGAGCUCCGCGGGCACCCGCGUCCGAGCAGAGCAGCCGAGGCCGCCCGCCUGCCCGGGCCCCGCGCUCCGGCCCCCCCACCGCCACCCUAGCCGGCCCGGGAGAGAGUUUGCACCUCUCGCUGCCUGGGUGCGCCGGCCGCCGCUGCAAAGCCAACUUCGGGAAAAGUUUUUUGGGGGUGACUUUGGCUUUGGGGUGCCGGGCUCCAGCUUUCCUACGUCGGGGGCCCCUUCCCGGAAAAUGCUGCAGAAGAGCUAAGGCGGCGGGCAGAGGAAGACGCCGUUAGCCAGCAGAAGGAGCGAGAAGACGAGCCACCGGCUGGCCGCCGCGUUCCCCGUCCUCCUGGAGGUUGGAGCCCCCGAGGCGCCCCCGCACGGCUAGACACCCCGGCCGGUUCGCCACGCAGCCCCCCGGCGGUGGUGGAUGCUCACUGGGGCCCGGGAUCCGCCCAGGUAGCGGCCUCGGACCCUGGUCCCGCGCCCAGGCCCUCCGCAGCCCCCCAACAACGGAGCCGGGGGCGGCGGCGCCCGGGGGCCAUGCGGGAGAGCCGCGCCCGCGGCUGCAGCGGCCUGAGCGCCUGAUCGCCGCGGCCUCCAGCCGAGCCCCCCGCCCUCCGCAGCCCCCGCCCUGCGCCCUGGCCGCGGGGGCCGCGGGGCCGGGCCCGGAGUCGGCAUGAAGCGCUGCUGGGCGCUCCUCCUGUCUCUCUGCUGCUACCUGCGGCUGGCCGGCGCCGAGGGGGACCCCAUUCCCGAGGAGCUCUACGAGAUGCUCAGCGACCACUCCCUCCGCUCCUUCGAGGACCUCCAGCGGCUGCUGCACGGAGACUCCGCAGAUGAAGACGGAGCCGACCUGGGCCUGAAUCUGACCCGGUCCCACUCUGGAGGCGAGCCCGAGAGCCUGUCCCGAGGGAGAAGGAGCCUUGACUCCUCCACGGCCGCCGAGCCAGCCAUGAUCGCCGAGUGCAAGGUCCGCACGGAGGUGUUCAAGAUCUCCCGCAGCCUCAUCGACCGCAGCAACGCCAACUACCUGGUGUGGCCGCCCUGCGUCGAGGUGCAGCGCUGCUCCGGCUGCUGCAACAACCACCGCGUGCAGUGCCGGCCCACCCAGGUGCAGCUGCGGCACGUCCAGGUGAGGAAGAUCGAGAUGGUGCAGAAGAGGCUGAUCUUCAACAAGGCCACGGUGACGCUGGAGGACCACCUGGCCUGCAGGUGCGAGACGGUGGUUCCUGCACGGCCCGCGGCCCGCACCGCGGGGAGCUCCCAGGAGCAGCGAGCAGCCAAGACGCCCCAAACUCGGGUGACGGUUCGAACGGUGCGAGUCCGCAGGCCCCCCAAGGGGAAGCACAGGAAGUUCAAGCACACGCACGACAAGAGGGUGCUGAAGGAGACCCUGGGCGCCUAGGGCGUCUGCAGAGAGCGCGGGCAGGGUUAUUUAAUAAGGUAUUUGCUGUAUCGCCCCCAUGGGGUCCUUGGAGUGAUAAUAUUGUUCCCCUCGUCCGUCUGUCUCGAUGCCUGAUUCGGACGGCCAAUGGUGCUUCCCCGCCCCUCCACGUGUCCGUCCGUCGUCCGUCCGCCCCUCUGCCAGCGGGUCUCCCCUCAGUGGCCUCCAGCAUCUUGCCCGGAAGCUCGAGAAGGAAAUGAAGGAUCUGGACUCCAUCGAGGUCUUCCUCCCUCUGACCCCGAGGACCUGGGAUCAGAGCGCAAGAGAGACUGACAGGGGAGGGGCUCGCCAGGCCUCCCUGGAGCACUGCGGCCUGGACUGGCUCCCCGAACCCCGCCUGGCCCUGAGGACCUCUCCGCACGGCCCGCCUGGUCCGGCCCCGGGCGGCUCUGGUGGGAGCAUGCCAGGCAGGCCAGAGCGCCUGGUGCCCUGUGGCUGAGACUGAGAGACCCCUCCCCCAGGCCCUGGCCCAGCCACCACGCCCUUCGCCUGUGCUCAGCAGGGCAGCGUUCUUUCCUUUCACACAUCUGACGCCUUCGAAGAGGCGGACUCUCCGGGCAGGGGCGGCCCAGGCGCCAGGCAGCCCAGAGCCGUUUCGAUGGCUUCGAGAUGAAGUUUGCUCUGGAGGUGGGUGUAGGCAGGGACCUGGGCAUUCACUGCCUCCUCCACUCCCCCCUCGCUUCCUCCUCUGUUUCGCCUCUCUACCUCCACCCUGCAUCUCCCUCCUGCCCACCGAGGGAGCACCCCUCCCCGUGGCUCCCGUCCCAGCCCAGCCCACACUGCCAGGCCAGGCCCUGCAGGGCGCACUGCCCAGCCCACCGCAGGCGGGACCACUGUCACUUUGCAGACACGGCCCAUCUGGGCGUUUAUUAUGACGGAGUCAGGCGGGGGGAGGAUAGUGUCUUGAGGGAAGGGGUCCUUUUCUUGAUUGUCACAAAGGCUCUGUAUGCGCUG